AUGACUUCCAGUCAACCUGCAGCGCCUUCUCAGACUGCUAACAACACUAUAACGGACACAACUAUGGAAGAAGCACUGUCUUCCUCUCCUACUCAUGCUCUUUCGCACAGCGAAAUUGAACUUACAUCACGUGACUUACACGAACAAGAUAUUCACACACAAACACCAAUCAUUGACAAAUUGACUAAUAUGGAUGUAGAUCCCAUAAAUACUAACACGAAUAAAGGAAAAUCACCGGAAACACAAUCAGCCACACAAACAAACAUCCCUAAUCCGUUACAAAUUACGGUGCUUACAGAUAUAUUUGCACAAACACCACAAGUUUCAAACAAAGCUCACAAAGGAUUUAUUCCCAGAGAUAGUUUCCCGCCGAAACUUUCUAACAACGAAAUUAUCAAUCUAAUAAAAACAACAAAAAUUCUUCAACCUAGACCAGGCUGUUAUAAAAAUUAUGGAUAUACCAUACAACUACGAUACAUCCAUGUUAUUAAACAUCUCGCUGUAAAAACAGGCAGCAACAUCAUAGACCACAAAGAAAUUAAAAAACCUCCAAGAAAAAUUCCCAAUCGCAACAACCGCGGACGUCCCAUUUUCAUAAAACCUGCUUACAAACAACUUAUUGUCCAAUUUGACAAACAAGCAGCAUAUAAUUAUUUCAUGAAAGAAAACUAUUGGAGCCUUGAAAUCGAGAACUUCGUAGUAAGGAUCUUACCUGGUAACCCCGAGGACCCUGAAUAUAAAAACCGCACCAGUAAUUAUUUUAAAAUCACUGGACUCCCCCUUAACACCACAGCCAAAGAUAUUGAACCUCUUAUCAAACACGUCUACGGACGAACUUGUACAUUUACACAAACCACCAAAUAUUCAACCAUGAAAAAUGCCUACAUUUACGUUUCACCUAACAAUUAUCCAGCGGACGCGUCCAAUGGAGCCUCCUCGCUUUUUGAAGGAUACAACCUCCACAUCCUACCAGGACACCUUUCACUAAAAACAUGUAAUACUUGUGGUUCACCACUUCAUGAGACAAAUCACUGUGACGACAAAAACUUCGAUACAAAUCAAAAUAACCGAAGAAUCUUCAAAAAACGAUUUAUUAAUCGUAAUGAGGAAAAAAUCACAAUUAGCGAUAACCACAAAACCAGGUUUAAUCAUGUCAUCACUUUAAAUGCAAACAAAAAAGCUCCUACAACGCCACAAAAUCCUAAACCCAAUCAAACACCACCGCAUGACUACAAUAGCAAGAAAAACUAA